AGAGCGAGUGGCUGGGUAGGUGAGCGAUGGUGGCGCGGUGGGCGGCGCUGGCGCUCGCGUGGUGCGCGUGCGCCGCGGCCACGCCCGCCGAGCCGCGCGCAUCGCUGCCCUUCGCGCCGCCAUCGCCUGAGUCCGUCGCGCCGCCCGCCGCCCCCGUCGCCGCGCCCGCGCCCUCUGCGCACACGCACUGCGAGCCGCUGCUGCUGUGGAAUGUACCGCCGAUGCCAUCGAAUAUGAGGGAACAUGAAGCAGCAGUGGUGCACACGGCACGCGCUUUGGCCGAGUUAGUAGAACAAAGUGCGGCGGAUGAAGUACGAGCGGCGGCACUAGCUCGGGCAGCAGCUCGCGCCCCGCUUUCCCCGCCGCCUGCCGCCGUCGCACUCGGCGUACCGCAACUACACCUUGGCGUACUCUAUGUCGCCGAACCACCCCGCCUUAUAGUCUUCCAGCAAAACAACACAGUGGUACUACGCCAGUUCUGGAGGACUCUAGCGUCAGCGUGGAACGCAACUUCAGCGGUGUGGGCGAAUGCGUGGUUCUCUUGCGACAGCGAUGAUUGGGGCUGGUGGGGCGGAGUGGCGGCGGCCCGGGGUGCUGGACCAUCGCGCGCUGCUGCAGCCAUUUUUCGCCGCUGGCCCGCGGUUCCCUGCGAGGAAGCCAUGUACGACUGGAUGGAAGGGCCACCACUUUGUGACCCAGACUCAACGGAUUGUGAGGCGUUGCCUGCAUUCGGGACAACCAGUCGAAAAUUGGAGUACCGGUGCAAGUGUCGCGCCAGCUACUGGCACCCGGCGGGCACGGGCUGGGUGAGCGGCGCGGCAUUGAGCGGCGGCAGCGGCGGCGGCGGCGUGCUCUCGUGCACAUCGUGUGGCACGGGCGAAGGCGCAGACGCGGUGGCCUGCCUCGCCGAUGAAUACCGCGCCGCGCUGCUCGCCGCAAACCUCACCGGCAUACUCAUAUGCCUCAUCAUCGGUUUUAUCAUAUUUAAGAAAAGAAAAUGCAAAGCAGUAGCGAUGGGCAUGUGGACAGUAUUAGAAGUAGUUCUUCUUGGUGCAAUGUUGAUGUAUGCUUCCGCGGCGUCUCAGUAUAUGAGCGAGGCUCGUUUGCGCUGCAUAGCAGGCGCGUGGCUCCGAGAGCUCGGCUUCGUGGCCUGCUACGGGUCAGUCGUGCUGAGGCUGUGGGUGCUGCUUGCUGAGUUUCGGACGAGGAAAGCGCAUCGAUGGACGCCGAGGGACUCUGAGGUGCUCCGCGUGGUGGGCGCGAUGGUGUGUGGCGCCGCGUGCUACUUGGCUGCGUUCACGGCGACUGCGGCGUGCGGCGAGGACUGUGCGCGCGCCGCCUGGCACCACGUCACCGCCGCCGCCGAGCUGCUGCUGCUGGCCGCCGGCGCGCGCAUCGCCUACGCUGCCCGGAACGCCAACGUGCCCUUCCAGGAGCGCGGCUGGCUAGCGGCGGCGCUGUGCGUGGAGGGCGCAUGCGGGGCGGCGUGGCGCGCGGCCGCCACGUGGGGCGCCGCGCCCGAGGUGUCCCCGCUUGCCGCUGCCGCGCGCGCGCACCUCUCUGCCGGCGCUGCGCUCGCGUGCGUGCUCGCGCCGCGUCUGUGGCACGGAUACCGUGCGCGCUCACUGGCACAGGAGGUAUCUAGGCGCGGACCCGCGGAGGGGUUCGGGGUGGAGGGUGAGGAGGAACCGACCUCCGAAGAGGUGCGAGCGGAACUGAAACGGCUAUACGUUCAGUUGGAGAUUCUACGCAACAAGACGCUGCGCAGGGACAACCCACACAUCAGCAAGCGGCGGGGAGGACGCAAACCGCCACACAGGCGCUUCUCACUACAGAAAAAGGGCAGUCGCGAAAAGGCGUUGCAGGCUCGGCGUGGAGGCAAGGGUAAAGGCGCGAGCGUAGUGGAAGCGAGCGAAGCGGGCGAUGUGUCCCGCACUCCAGAGGACUCUGUCUGCUCGGCUGAGGGCCCCUCGCACUACACCGAUGGGGACACGCAGGCCUGAUGCGGCAUCGGUAAUGGCAAAUUAGCGCACACACCCCAACGCUAGCAAAGCGAUCAAACUCCUGAAAGUAUUGCCGCUACGGAAAUUUUACGAAUCCACAGAUUCUACAAUUAUUUUUGGACGUUUUAACAACGAUACCGUUGGCGGAAGCAGGUACGUAGGGUCGAAAUGUACUGAUUUCUUAUAAUAAUUUAAAAAUAAAUAUAAAAAUAAGCGCUUUUCACGGAAAGCAAAAAGUGAUCGGCUGAAAAGGAAUUUGAUUUUUUUUAAUAAUAUGUUAACUGAUAAAUAACUUGAAGCGUAUGGGUAUCACUGCUCGAGUUUAAUAUACUUACAACAUAUUUUUACGUUUUUUGCGAAACAUUUAUCUUACUAAUUAAACUAUUAAAGGCAUCGUUUGUAGAAAGAAUUUCAUAGGAAUUGUAUGAACAUUGCACACUAAUAUAUCUGCACUUAAUAAUACCCGCAAACCGGCCCUGGAAUGUCUUAAUUUUAUGAUGUAGGUACCAUAAAGUCGAAAUCGAAAUCAUACUUAGAUAGAGAAAAGGUCAUUGCACACUUAAAGCAGCUCUCUGAUCAGCCCACUACGUGGACCAUAUCGGUAGCGAAACGAGUGUCGAGAAAGAUGCAGUUAAAGCCACAUUAUAAUAAUCACGCCUCCUACAAAAGCCCGCCGCGUCGUUCGCAAUGUGAAACCUUAUAAUGAAAAUCUUUUUGCAACACACAUGCAUAAACCUAUAGCCAAUCGAAAUGCUAACCUCGUUUCAUUCCUGUGGCCUGCACUUAUAUGAGAAGCGGCAUGCGUUCAAACGCGCUGCAUCCAGCAGUUUGUCAGCAAAAGCAUCCUUUUUAAAACAAUGGUAUCUAACUGGAAGUGCACCAUUGGAAGGCCGCUUUCGUAUGCCGUGACCUUUAGUGUACCUUAUUAAUCUUUUAUUGAAGUGCUAUGUAGAAGCAUAAUUUUAAAUUCGUUAAAUAUUAUUGACACUUUCACCAAGUCACUAAAAAUAUAGUACAAUAAUUUAAUUUUUAUAUAUAUUUUAGAUUAGGCUCAUUUUAUACCUACCUUUACCUAGGUCGUAACCUUAAUGAUAAAUUCUUAACUAACUGUGAAUGUAUCCCGAAAGAUGUUGUCGCUGUUCCAUAUUGAUGCUUCUGAUUAUGUAAAGGAGAUUUUUGUAUCCACUCAAUGCAUGUUAGUCAAUCCAUUAAUAAAAUCUGCUGUUUAGAUAACUAUGUAAGACUUACGGCCGUAUUCAGUAGAUAAGUACUCGUUCACUAUGUUUUUAGUUUACCUUAUGCUAUCGCAAAGAAAUAUACACGUCUGCAUUAAUUAACUUCAUUCAUAUUAAAAAUAUUCUUUUGUCUCUGAGUGCGGCCGAUAGAGUUUUCAACUUCUUAAUAAUAACGUAUCGUUUGCAGUUAAGGAGAUACCAAAUUAUUUAAUUUACAAUUUAUAAGAUAAUUUUAUCUUUAUAAUUGAAAAGGUAAUUACAUGAGCAUAUCUACUUGUUUACAAAAAAAUGUUAUUAUUUCCAAAACUUUGUUUGUUAAAUAAAUGUAUUCAGUAAUGUCUGUCUGUAUUCAGCUUUUUUUUUUAAUUACUGAAUUAGUUUUAUCUUCAAAUAAGUUUAGUGAGGAAAUGUACAAAAUUAUUUGUAUUGUAUUAAAAAUAACGAUAUGAUUUAUCGUUAAAAAAAGUGUCGAGUUAUUUGUAUUGUAUAAAUUUGUCAUCAAUCGAGUGAAUACAAUUCAAGAAUUGAUUAUUGUUUUAAUUAUAUUUCGAUAAGUAUUUUAAUGUAAUUUAUUUUAAUAUUAUUAUUGAUUAUUAUUUGUAUCCAUAAAAGGAAAUUAAAUAAAUAUUCACUACAAAAUUUUCACUCCGCAUAUGUAUAGGGCUAGGUUUUUUGCAGUAAUAUUUCAUUUGAUAUAUAAAUCAAGCAGUUAAAAAAUAAUGUUAAAUAUAAAAAUAUACAUAAAACUGUUUCUGUUUCGGCUUUUGUUUUUAUUUUAGCUGCGCUGCAUAAAGCUCUUUAUUGAUGCGGUUACUAGAAUGUAUUUAUUUUUUGACCGAACUGUAUGCAAUUUUAACGAAUUUUAACUUUUAAAUUAAAAUGGUUUCGUUAAGUAAUGUAGUAUUUGUAGUAGACAUGUCGCUACACAUUCCAUUUACGAAAAUGGCUGCAACUAAAAGACAUAAUUCAACUUAUAGUGGACAAUUAAAUAUGUAAAAUAAUUAUUGUGUGACAGAGCAACACCUAUUGCCUAUUGAUCUUUGGGACAUGGAAACUUACAAAGAUAUUUUUUGAGUUCUUUUCUUUCUCAUACGCAGUAAUUGAUUGUUAUUUAUGUAGAAAAUGUCGUGUCCUCUCACUCUAGUCCUAGAUAUUAAUAUAGUGGAAUUGUUAUAUUUUUGGCACCCUAAUUAAUAAAGGGUGUUAGAAGUUACGUAUAUAAGGUGUGUACAUAGUAGGCAUUAACGUUUUGUAUUUAUUUUUGGGCAGCCCAUGGUUCGUUUUUGUUACUACGGGUGAGGUGACUCUCGACUUGGUAUAAUAAUAUUUUUUCUAAUUUUUAUCGCAUUGAAAAAAUAUUAUGCUAGUUAAAAAGGUAAGUGUUCAAGCGAAAAAAUAUAUAAUAAGAUGUUGUUAGUGUAAGUGGGACAAUAAAAAAGUUAUCAAAUGUUGUGAUUUAACAAUUCUUUGUAAUAGUCCUGUUUUGAUGAUUUGAUUUCUAACUUUGUAUGAUAAAAUUUCAGGGGUUGAGUGAAUUUUUAUGUUUCCUAUUCAAGCUAUUGGUUUUUAUACAAUACAAUAUUCUAAGCUGAAGUGUAUGUACCAACAAUAUCUAUUUGCAAUUAUAAAAUUCAGCGCCUAUUUCACUUGCACGUAAUCACAUUAAAAACUCUUAUUUCGUAAUUAACAGUUUGUCACCAAAUGGAAUUAAUUUCCAUUAGGUAUAAUAAAUGUGAUGCUUCAAAAGAGAGAGCGAGAAAAAAUAGGAUAGUCACUUCCUGUUUGUGGAAAUUGAGCAUACAAAAAAUAAUGAUUACAGCACUGUUGUUUUAUACUAUAAGACAUUACGAGAACAAUACGUGAAAUUGUAAACAGUAUGUUACAUUUCAUAAUCUAUCGACAGUUUAUAAUCUAGCGACAUAGAUUAUAAUCUAACGGUACCUAUUUACAAUUUUAUGGUGACAUAGAUAUUACUACAGAGAUAGAUCGAAAUAGAUAACGUAUAAUAUAAGGGAGACCAGUGGCUCGCUAAUUUAUUUCAUCGCGUCACCGUUCUCGAUACCGAACGUCAAACUUAAUGUUUAAAAAAUAUCUUUGUCAUAUUAAGUUGUAAAAACAAUAUCGCACUUUUAUUCAAAAAAAGAAAUAACUCAAAAUUUCUAUUUUUUGGGUUUUCGGCAUAAAGUGAACUAACUAAUUAGAGUCAAUGCGCUCAGUUCAACAGCCGUUUCGAUACGAUGAAAAUGAAAGAGAUAGAAGACCAUCGUUCUCUUUUCUACAAACGGGUUAGCACAAGUCGAUACUAAAUAAGUGAUCGAAUUCAGUGUUACGCCGGCUUCGUUGACAGUAAGGUCUCUAAAGAUUUUUGGAAAAACGUAAUAACUCUAAAUAUAGCGGUGUUAUACUAUCAGGUAAGUAUUUCUUCUGGUUAAUUAUUUAAAAAAAAGUGUAUAUCUUGAGACUUAAAUCUGCUUAAUUGAAAAAACACUCAUAUUUUUAGAGGUUCAUUGGGAUUUAUUACAGUUCUCUAUAAAAUAUUCAGGUGCGAUUUGUGUAGCACUUCGAGUUAAUGCACUUUUUUAUUAAAUUAUUUAAAAAAGCUUUAGACAAAUAAGUAAUGUUUCAGUAUUACAGUAUUGAAUUUUUAGAAACUUAG